AUGACUUACGACCGCCAACGCGCAAUCGAAUCCUACGGCUGGACAGCCGUCCCCUCCUCCCUCUCCCAACUACUCCAAACCUCCUCCUCAGCCCAAACUCCCGCCUCAACUCUCAAAAUAACCGACCUCCCAUUCCCCACCUCUCCCAUCAUAAAAACCAUCCAAGGAUACGCGCAUUCAGAACUCCCCCCCGAAACCUACAACCACUCUAUGCGCGUCUACCACUACGGCGUCGCCAUCCUCACCCACGCAUUCCCGUCCUGGACUUCUAUCAAUCCUGCGAGUAAAUUCCUCGAAAGCUAUGCGCUUACUGCGCUUUUGCAUGAUAUUGGGACUAUACCGAAGUAUCUACAGGAGACUUUGUUGAGUUUUGAGUUCCAUGGGGGAUUUAUUGCAGAGAAGGUUUUGAGGGAGGCGGGGGUGGUGAGGGAACAGAGGGAAGUGGUUGUGGAGGGGAUUAUUAGACAUCAGGAUUUGGGGGAGGUGGGGACGCAGACGAGAAUUGGGGCGUUGGUGCAGUUGGCGACGGUUUUUGAUAAUAUGGGGAUGAAUCCUGAGUUGGUGGGUGAGGGGACUAUUGAGAAUGUGGUGAAGGAGUGGCCGAGAUUGGGGUGGAGUAAAUGUUUCUCGCAUACCAUUCAGCAGGAAAAUGCGAUGAAACCCUGGGCUCAUACGACACAUCUCGGUGUGAAAGAUUUCCCAAAUGGUGUAUUGGAGAAUAAGUUGAUGGAGAAGUGGGAUUGA